GGCCUUCUCUCGUCUUCGUCCAAUAUCCUGAACCGAAAACUCUGAAUACUGUUCCUGCGAAACCUCUCAGUUCAACUUUAAACUUAGACAGCCUCACAGCAAACCUUUGGAUUUAUACGGACGACAACCGCCACCACCUCCAGUCUCCUCCCUCUCGCCAAACAUCUCGAGAAACACAUCACAUACCACCUAGUCCACGACCACAACCCCCUCCAGACCGCAUGGCCACCCGCCGGUGGUACCUCGAAACCUCCCCAGACGGCAAAUACCAAUUCGUCUCCCUCAAACGCUCCCGCUCCCACCAUCACCACCGCCAUCAUCACCACCAUGAAGAGCCAGCUCCGGCUCCGGCCCCCUGCCCAGCUCCGACCCCGGCACCUCCACCUCCACCUCCACCAGUCCACCACUGCUGCCGCGACGACUGCGCACACAUCGCCGCGCCCGAGUACAACGACCUCCUAGACCGCGAGCGCAAGCUCCGCGAAGCAAACGACGCCCUCGCCCGCGAAAACUACACCCUGAAAUGCGACCUCCAGGCCUCGGACGUCGAAGGCCGCCGCCUCUCGGCCCUGCUCAUCUCCGCGCAGGCGGAGAACCAGCUCCUGCGCGAGGACAACGCCGGCCUGCGGCGGACGAUCGAGAGCUCGGGCGGGAACGCGGGCAAGUACCUGCAGGAGGUGGAGCGGUUGAGGCAUAAGCUGCAAAAGGUCGAGAGAGAGCUGGCGGCGCGGUUGAGGCAUGGUCCGCACCACCACCAUCACUUUGGACACGGGUUGGGCCACGGGGUGGCGGAGAGGAUUGAGGAGCUGAGGAGGAUUGUGCGCGCGUGGGAGGGGAAGUAUGAUGGCGUGGAGGAGCAGAAUCGGCGGUUGAGGAGGGAGUUGCACGAGCAGCGGUGUGUUGUUGCGGGACAGGAUGAGAGGAUUAGGGAGUAUGAGAGGAUUUUGAGGAGGCAUGGGUUUAUACGGUAUGAAUGAGGGGGGUAAUGGAUGGAUGUGAGCGAUAUACGUUUUUCUCUUUGUUUUACUUUCAUGUAUCUCUCUACGAGAUGUGGACUUUCGGCGCGGUUGAGGAUAAGUGUCUUCGACGGCUGCUUGAGAGAGUCUCUUUCUUUGGUUAGGAGGGAACCCGUUUGGCUGGAUGAUAUUCCAUGAGGAAGCCUUAGUGUGAGUUUCUCUCUCCGUCUCUUUUACUCUUUGAGUAUCAUGCCUUGGAUAUGAGAACUGACAUUCGGAUCGGCAUAGGCUCUCGUCAGAAAUUGCAGGGCAUCAUUUUCAUUGGUUUCGAUCUGAGAUAGACUUUUGCUGACGAUGCUUCAUUGGAUACUCCGUCAUGCAAGGCACUGCGUGACGAUCAUUGGGUACGCCUUUCUUGAAGCAUCGUAGCUCCGACCUUCGCUCACAACAUAUUUCAUUUGUCAAUAAUGAACUCUGGCGUCUUUACAUGACUUUGAGCUUGGGAACUGUUUAUCAAGGGAACUCUUUUUGAACGCGG